UCUCAAUGGAUGCCAGCGAUGACUGAGUGCGCUCCAUAGGCCUGCAUUGAAAAGCUAUGAAAGAGCUCGACUGUUUGUCCGAACACGAAACCGAGCGUCUGAAUUAGAGGCUCUUAUUUGGCUUUGGGCUUUUUUUUCCUUCAGCGGAUGUUUUCUUAGAUAUGUCAGCCAUAGCUGGAUGCUGUGAGCCCAACUUCGAGUCCUUGGAGUCAGUCUGAUAAAGGGUCUGGACUGUGAUGACUUUUCCUUCCUCUUCUCCUUGUGUUGGGGUCUCGGUCAUAUCGUCCAGAAUGGGUGCAGACUCCUCGCAGUGGUCCAGCUUGGUGGUCAGCGCGGUUGGAAGGCGAAGGGCAUCGGCUCUCUGGAUGUAAACAAAGCCUUCUUCUUUCUUUCUUUCUCUUCUUCCAGCAGGGAGAGCAAACGAGUGAAUUGAUGCUCCCGUUUCAGUGGUGUAACGGGUGCUUCUGCGGUUUGGGACUGAUCUACUCCAAUAGGACCUGCACUAUGCCGCCUGUCACCUUCCAAGACCUGCCACUCAACAUCUACAUGGUCAUCUUCGGCACAGGCAUCUUCGUCUUUGUGCUCAGCCUCAUAUUCUGUUGCUACUUCAUAAGUAAAUUGAGGCACCAAGCCCAAAGUGAGCGGUUUGGAUAUAAAGAGGUCGUCCUGAAGGGAGACACUAAGAAGUUGAAUCUUCAUGGGCAGACAUGUGCCGUGUGCCUGGAGGACUUCAAGGUGAAGGAUGAACUGGGCGUGUUGCCAUGCCAACAUGCCUUCCACAGGAGGUGUGUGGUGAAGUGGCUGGAGGUGCGGUGUGUGUGCCCCAUGUGCAACAAGGCACUGUCCGGAGCCACUGAACAGCACCAAAGUAUAGGCACUCUGCUGGACGAGCUGGUCUAGAACCUUCUAGAAUUGGACAGAACUGGAGGCACACAUGGGGUGGGCAGUAUCUCUCUAUGAAGAGACCCUCGGAGCACAGAAGCGGCUCCUGCCCAGUCCUUCUGCUCCUUUCUUUAACACACUCUCACAUCUGAACUCUGACUCCAGUUUACUUUUACCAGUAGAUUUGACUGUGACCUGCUGGACUUUGACCAGCACUGACCAAGUCUCGAACUCAGACUGUGAGACUGAGACUGGAACUCUGACCGCUGUGAUCUCCACUAGGGGUCCAAGCACCGAGGGAAGAAACAGGGCCAGCGGAAGAUGAGCAGCUUCCAGAGCAUUCCAAAACCCAGUCUGGACACUGUCACUGAGCGGACCCCUGCUCAGUGUGGACACUGCCAUUGAAUUAACCACAGCUCAGUGCACUUUGCCCUGUGGGGUCCUACACAAUGUUGUGCGUGUUGCGUGUUUGUGUUGUUUUUUUUCUAACUGAUCUGUCUCUGCGCCGCCCUCAAAGGUGUUCUUUUGUAGUUACUGCCUGUAGGUGGACAAGCUUUACAGGACAUUAGGAAGAAUUCCAUUCCAUUUGUGGUGAGUUAUAAAUUUCAAAUGAUAUGUAUUUGUAUAUGUCUGAAAGGUCCCACUGUUAGGAUAGAUCAGAUAUGGUUUUAUUGUGACAAGUAUUCCAGCUACAGUUAGCAAUAGUUCCAGUUUAUUACACACUAUUAUAAGCUCUGAAUAGCUUAACCAGUUUGCAUUGAAAUUCCUGUAUCAUAAGCUGAAUAAUAAGCCUUUAUAUGUAAUAA